AGCACGCAGGCCACCAGCGUCCCCUUCCUCUGCGUCUCCAUGGGACUCCUCCUGGGCACGGGGUUCGCCUGCCUUUACCAGGCGGCGGCGGUGAUGACGGCCAAGCGCUGCGGGACACGGCUGGCCUUCUCCAACGCCAUGGCCCGCUCCGGGAUGGGGCUGACGUUUCUAAUAGCGCCGUUCACUCAACUUCUCCUUGAUUUUUACGGCUGGCAAGGUACUCUCCUGAUUUUCGGAGGCAUCAUGUUAAACCUCGUGCCUUCCAGCAUGCUGCUGCGACCCGUCGGCACCCAGCCGCCUCCACGCUCCGCCGCUAAAAAUCGGGACUGUGGGUCUUUGAUGGCAAAGAAGGAUUCAGAAACCCUCGAUGGAUGCGCAGACGAAAGCACUCCCAGGGAAAUACGGCUUCACAGCGCACAGGACCUUCCCACCACGGAGGGACCCGCGACACCCCACGGCAGAGGCGACUCCGGUCUGGUAAAUACGUCGGCUUUGGAAAGGCUUGAGAAACCCCCCGUGGAAAGCUGCUCGCCAGAAAGAGCCCCCGGGGCCAAGAGAAGCUACAAAUCCUUCCCACUGACCGAAAAAGACGAUUCGCAGCCUCUCCUUGACUUCUCCCCACUGAAGGAUCCCAUCUUCUGCAUUUUCACGUGGUCUUUUUUGUUCAGCCACUUGGCCUACUUCGUGCCCAUCUUCCACCUGGUAGCACGAGCCAGGACGCUGGGCAUAAGCAGCAUGGAUGCCUCUUACCUCAUCUCAGUGGCUGGCAUCACGGAGACGGUCAGCCAGCUGCUCGCGGGCUGGGUCGCCGACCAGAACUGGACCAAGAAGUACCACUACCACGUGGCUUACCUUGUCCUCGGCGGCGUCACGAACCUGCUCUGUCCUCUGGCCACCACCUUCCCGUUACUCAUGACCUACGCGGUGGCCUUCGCCGUUUUCUGCGGUGGGUUCAUGGCUCUGGUCCUCCCUGUGCUGGUAGAUCUAGUGGGUGUGCAAAAACUCCACAGCUACUUGGGGUUUGCUGCCUUCUUUGCUGGGAUAGCAGCCGUCGGCGGGCCUCCUCUAGCAGGGUGGCUCUAUGACUACACCCAGACAUACGUCUGCUCUUUCCUCUUUGCUGGAGCCUGUGCUCUCAUCUCACCUAUUUCUUUCUUCUUCGAGCCUUCGGCCCAGAAAUGGAAGCUAAAAAAAGCCAACCUGAACAACGGCCCCAGGCUUGGCUGA